AUGAAUAAUAUUAUCUUGCGGAAUCUAUUUGUGCUAACCAGUGCUGCCAUAUUUCUUGGAACAAUCAUUCUUAAUCUUCUAGCUAUUGUUUAUAUUCGUUCAAGGCGAGACAAAACGUCAAUUGCUAUUCUUGUUGUUAAUUUAGCGAUUGCCGACAUCAUUCAUGCCAUGGGAAUUAUCUUCUUUAGUACUAAUUUGUUUACUCCAAGCUGGGUGUUUGGUGAAUUUGGAUGCAAAUUUAGUUUAUCCAUCGAUGUUCUUUGUACUGUGGUCAUUGUCUAUACAGUCGCAGCAUUGAGCGUUGAACGUUACAUCGAUGCUCGAUCGAAAUUGUCAGCUAAAGUUCGGUUCUUCAUCACAUUUGCAUCGGUGAUUGUCAUCUGGACAGUUGGAAUCUUGUUACCAUAUCCAUUCAUUUUCUACACAUUUCUUUAUGAUCAAAAUAAAAGUUCGACGAAAAAUCUGACAACAUCAAUCUUAACAUGUCGAUCUGUUCUCUCCGAGCAUACUCUACUUAUCUACGAAAUCGUUCUUUAUAUCAUGGCAUUUAUCAUACCAUAUUCAAUAAUAGUCGUAUUUUCAUUGAAACUACUUCGAUUUCUACGUCAAUGGUUGAACCGAAAGCAGAAAUUAACGCGAUUAAAUAUUGUCAAGAAACGUACACGUGGAGUUAAGCUUGUCCUAUGUAUUGUCUUAUCAUUUCUCAUCUGUUAUACACCGUUCUGGAUCUUUAAAUUUUACACAAGUUUCCUACUGGAUGAAACGAUACGUCGUCGACCAUUACUAAGACAUUUUCUGACAUAUGCACAUCAACUUGUUGUUCUACUUAGUCAUAUUGAAGGCAUUUUAAAUCCAUUGUUCUUCAUUGUUUUAACGGACCAUUUCUGUAAAACAUUUUCGAAACAUCGACAGAAAACAUGGAAUUUCCUUGGAACAAAAUCAUCAUUAAUCUCACGAAAUGGCGAAAGAAAAUCGUCGAUUGUUAACGGCAAAAAUUCAACACGAAGAAUAGUAACAACAGGUGGUAAUACAGAAAUAAACGGUCUUCUAUCAUCACAUCCGACUCUUUGUGAAGAGAAUGAUAAAAUUACUAUAGCUGUUCUAUCUCAUUAA